AUGGCUCUUCGUAGCUGGAUGCUUGUGUCGGCCCUGGCCCUGCUCCUCGCCCCCGGGGCCCUCGGCGUGUCCCUCAAGGCCGGCGGCCUGACCACCUCUGACCGCCGCGCCCUGGGCGAGCAGGCCGCCAACGCGCCGCCCGUCCUGCGGAUGGGCGACAUGACCCUGGUCGGCGGCCGCGUCCCCACCAUCAAUGUGGGCGGCCAAUCAAGCGUGUACGGCAACCUCAACAGCCGCCACAGCGGCGGCAUCACCCUCAGCGGUGGCGCGCUGGGCCCCUUCCAGAACGAGGGCGGCAACGUGUACAUCGACCAGUGGCACCGCCGCCGCAUGGGCGAGCAGGCCGCCGCCGCCGCUGAUGCCAACAUCAUCGCCACCGGCGGCCGCACGGCUGGCUUUGCCCCCUCCGACCGCGCCCCCAUCACCAACUUUGGCGGCACGACCACCUUCACCAGCGCCGGCGUGGGCUUCAACGGCGGCCUGACCACCAGCUUUGACAACUUCGGCAACCCCGUCGCCAACGAGGGCGGCAGUGGCAACAUCUUCCGCCGCCUGGGCGAGCAGGCCGCUGCCGCUGCUGACGCCAACAUUCUGGCUGUUGGCGGCCGCACGGCCGGCUUUGCCGCUGACAGGACCCCUGUCACCAACAACAAUGGCAUGAUUUACUUUGGCAACCAGGGCAUCAAGUUCAGGGGCGGCACGACCACCGCGUUUGACAACUUUGGCAACCCCGUCGUCAAUCAGGGCGGCUACGGCAAGAUCACGGGCCGCCGCCUGUGA